AUGGAACGUGGCCCGGAAGUUGCUAUUGUUUGUGAGGGUACAUUUAACCUGAGUAAAUAAGCUAAACGAAGGCGUUGACGUACUUGUGUAAAAAUAGAGAUGUUUUGAAAAUUCUAUCGGAUAUUAUAGUUAGCUAACUGUGGCUAGCUGAAAUAGCUAAUUAGGUCAGUGUUGGUAUGCGUCUACUAGCAUAGAUAGCUAACGUUAGCUAAAUUGGGUUCUUAGCUUGAAACUAGCUUGCUUCUUCAGCUACCAAGCAACAUGCCUUCGUACAAAGCAGUGAGGAAAAGCAACCGUUUCUAUUAUUUCAUCAAAUUCACCUUAAAUAUCUACUCAAUGCUCUUCUCGGCCGGCACCCGUCUCACUUGGCCAUGGCUCCGGCGGACCUACUCGAAUGUGGAGACUAUUCUCAUUGACCAACAUUUAAGGAGUGGCAGCCCGACGAGAUUGCAAUUGACAUAAUAUGUCCAUAAACUUUUCAAAUUAUAUUACAUCCUUGCCUUACCUUUCAUUGUGGCUGACAAGUGACAUUCUUGCUCUGCAAAUUGCAAGACCGUAACACAGCUAGCCAGCUAACUGUGCUAGCUAGUAACAUUAGCAUAUCAAAGAUGAAUAUAAAAUCUAUAACCCCUCCAAUAUAAAUAGAAAUGUACAUUUUUUUUUUUACUUAGUUAUUUUUUAAACAUAGUAGGCUUCAUUCGAACAUUACCUUCGAAUUCAGGUGAUAAGGAGCCAAGGCAAGGCACAGCCCAUGUUACUUUUCAGCUGGCAUUUACAAAACAAUGGCUAACUUAAACACCUUCUCACAAACCAAAAGUCUUGAAUGAUGUAGAGGUUGUUGGUUCUGCUCACCACAAGUCUUUAGUGUCACACUCCUGACGGAAACACAAUGACACUAGACCUACUUUAACAACACUGGCGGCCCACUGGUGUGGGGCUCCUGGGCCUGUGUGUGCUGUGCGUGGGGGUGUACGCGGAGGUGGAGCGCCAGAAUAACCGUACCCUGGAGGGGGUGUUCCUGGCCCCCGCUGUGGUGCUCAUCCUGCUGGGCCUGGUGAUGUUCACCGUCUCCCUGGUGGGCAUGGUGGGCUCCCUCAGGGACAACAAGACCCUGCUACACAUGUUCUUGUGUGUUCUGUGUGUCCUACUGUUCCUGCAAGUUGUGGCUCUCAUCGUUGCACUCAUCUUUGAGAAGAAGACAUCAGCCUUGUUCCAAAGCAGCAUACGAGAGGGAAUUAAACACUAUUACGAUGAUCUGGACUUCAAAAACAUCUUGGACUUUGUGCAACAGAAGUUCUCUUGUUGUGGUGGGGACGAGUACAAGGACUGGGGUGUCAAUCAAUACCAUUUCUGCAAUGGCACCGGGCCGCUGGCCUGUGGCGUUCCUUAUACAUGUUGUGUCCGCCACAAGGUGGGAGAGGUUGUCAACACUCUUUGUGGUUACAAGACUCUCAGCCAGCAGCGUGAGGUCCUAGAUGAGGUGAUUCAUGUGCGAGGCUGUAUCCAUGCUGUCAACCUGUGGAUGGGCGACAACGUGGGAGCAACUAUUGGGCUCUGCUGUGCCUUAGGUCUGCCACAGCUAAUGGGCAUCGUGCUGAGCUGUAUGUUCUGGAACCUGCUGGUGGAGAUGAAUGAGUCCAUGGACAUGGUGGACUUCAAGAUCCUCAAAAGAGCUGGCUUUGAGUACAGCGAGCUGGACCUGGCUGGUGCUGGCUGCUGCCUGUGUCUGCCCAGAGACGGAGGCUACCUCCCCCUGCCAGCUUUAGACCCCAUCUUGUCUGACCCUGACCUAAAGCCCAUCCCCAUCCGAGUCCAGCGACCCCUGCCCGUCCAGGUCCAUAGGCCCCUGGCCCAAUCCCUCCAAGACCUCAAGCUAUCUGGGCUUAGACUGGACGAGGUAGACAUUGGGCGGAAGCAGAAAAGAAGGGAAUAUUAAGUUUUGAAUUAUUUUUGAAUUUAAUUUAUAUUUUGGUCUUGUUUUGGUCUCUGUGUUUGUUGAAGGACAGGUUAGACCUGUUGCACUAUUUGGUGGUCAAACCAAUCAAUGGUCAUUAACUGACAUGAUCACAGGUUAUAAUGGCCACGUUCCUAGCUGGCUACGUUGCAUACGCAUUCCAGAUCUCAAUGCCUGGAUAGGUGUUUAACAUAUCAGCUAACCACAUGAUAUGAUAUAGCAAACUGACUGCGCAGUUGAUGAUGUGGCACACAUCCAUUGGUUGAUGCAAUGCAUGCAGUUGGCCUGGAACCCAACCAGAGGUUGGGCACUUUGGAAAGGCAUUAUUGGAGCAAUUGUUAUCCUGUUUUUUAAAUAUUUGUUAGUCUUUCAAAGAACAAGAUGCUGCAGUGGUUUUUAGACACUAAUUUAACAGUUUGUUUUUACCUUUUUCUAAAUGGAGCUUUCAAAUGGAGCUGUGGUCUUAUUUUGACAUUUCCUCAAAUUUGUUGCAGGUAUUUUAUAAAUCUUUUAUUUUGAACUGUGUCUCAUGUGCUAAAGCAUACCUCAGGCUGUAUUCAAAUGGCCCAAUAGUCAGAAGACAAUUCACAUCAUGUUUAUUUACUAUACCGACUUGACAUUUUUUUUGUUUGAGAUGAUCAUUCUAGUCAGAGCAGAGGAAUGGGAGUAGCCAAUCUUAUCUUGCUUCGAGUGCAAUGUCUGUGAAGGAUGUGUAGCCUGUUUUCUUUUUUGUAUGAACUCUUUGCUUCCAUUUGUACCGGUUUGUACAGUGCCUUCGGGAAGUAUUCAGACCCCUUGACCUUUUCCACAAUUUUGUUAAACUACAUCCUUGUUCUAAAUUAUUAUUAGAUUUUUUUUAUUUUUAUAAUCCCUCUGCAAUCUACACACAAUACCCCAUAAUUACAAAGUGAAAACCCGUUUUUAGAAAUGA